ACUGUCAAAUAUCGAACCACCCUUUUGGAGAUGGAAAAUGAUGCCAAUUAUCUGUUUCCAGCGACUAACGGAAACAGAAUUAUGAUUUCUUAUCUAUCUUCCUCCGUUUUGUUCAUUUCGUUUACCUAACCCUAGCUUUUUUGUUAAUUAUAGUAGUAGUUUGUUUUUGGCUUAAAACAAGGACGGAAAAUUAGAUCUUUUAUAUUCUUAUUCUUCUUUUGUUGAAUUUUUGAAAUUCUUUUACGUGAUUGGAACUUUCUACGUGUAUGAAUUGUCGGAGCGGUUGAUUGGGUGUUUACUGUAUAGUGUCUCCAUAUAUUUUCCUCCCUUUUCUUUUUUAAAUAUGGGGGGAUUUUUCUGGAUUAAGGUUUCAAGUUAUAGUUAGGGCUUGGAAUUGAUGGAGCCUCGUGUCGUUAAUAAGUUUCGGCUUGGUCGUAAGAUCGGUAGCGGCUCUUUUGGAGAGAUCUAUUUGGGUACGAAUAUUCAGACAAAUGAAGAGGUUGCCAUUAAGCUUGAGAAUGUGAAGACAAAGCAUCCUCAAUUAUUAUAUGAAUCAAAGUUAUACAGGAUCCUGCAGGGAGGAACUGGGAUUCCAAAUAUAAGAUGGUUUGGAGUAGAGGGAGACUAUAAUGUUAUGGUUAUGGAUUUGCUUGGACCUAGUCUUGAAGAUCUAUUUAAUUUCUGCAAUAGGAAACUCUCAUUGAAGUCAGUUCUCAUGCUUGCUGAUCAAAUGAUCAAUCGUGUUGAAUUUGUUCACUCAAAAUCAUUUCUACAUCGGGAUAUUAAGCCAGACAAUUUUAUAAUGGGCCUGGGAAGGCGUGCAAAUCAGGUCUAUAUGAUUGACUUUGGUCUGGCUAAGAAAUAUAGAGACAGUUCACAUCAACACAUUCCUUACAGGGAAAAUAAGAAUCUGACUGGAACUGCAAGAUAUGCAAGCAUGAACACACACUUGGGCAUUGAGCAAAGCCGUAGGGAUGAUUUGGAAUCUCUUGGAUAUGUGCUUAUGUACUUCCUAAGAGGAAGUCUUCCUUGGCAAGGUUUGAAAGCCGGAACAAAGAAACAGAAGUACGAAAAAAUUAGUGAGAAGAAGGUUUCUACUUCAAUUGAGGCUUUGUGUCGAGGUUUUCCGACAGAAUUUGCAUCAUACUUCCAUUACUGUCGGUCAUUAAGAUUUGAUGAUAAGCCAGACUACUCUUACCUUAAGAGAAUCUUCCGUGACCUCUUUAUUCGUGAAGGCUUCCAGUUUGAUUAUGUCUUUGAUUGGACCAUUUUGAAGUAUCAGCAAUCACAACUGACCACUCCUCCGGCACGAGCCAUUGGCCCUGGUGCUGGACCAAGUUCUCCCUUGCCCCCUGCCAUUGCUAAUGCUGACAGGCAAACAGCUGGGGAGAACGUGCGGGCAACUGGUUUAUCAUCCAUGAAUUCCUCUAGGCGGAAAACAUCAGGACCCUUGAAUUCUGCAAGUCACUCAAAGCAGAAAAAUCCGGUUGGAAAUGAUUUUGCAGUUACUAAAGACACUAUGUUUAUGGGGCAGCAAGGUGGAUCCUCUUCAAGGUACGUUGCAGCUUCUGGCAGUCGCGAAGCUUUUGCUGGUAGCGAGGCUGCCCCCCAACGUUCUCGUGCAACUGAUGCUAUCCACGGAGGCCCCAAGCUGUCAUCGUCUGGGAGAAAUACCUCUCAUGCCAAGAACUAUGAAGCUGCCUUCAAGGGUAUGGAGGGCUUGCAAUUCGAAAGUGAUGAGAGAAUUCAUUAUUAACUGAUCAGCUAUAUGAACUGUUUUAAACUCGGAAAUGGAGAGUGUAUCACUGGUAGGGGUUUGAGUUUCAAGGAAUUCUGCGACUUGGAUGUCCUGAAUUUGGACCUGGUGGCUAAAAAGCCUGUGAAGAAGGGUAGAAUGAGUGGAAUAGUUUUAUCUUGUUUAACUCACUGUUCUUUUUUUUGGGUUUUCAUUUUAAUCUGUUGAUUAUGCUUUUAUCAGUCAUCUGGGACUUAUUCUGGACUUUUGAAACUUUAUGGCAUUGUAAAUUGCUUACUGUAUUCAUGUAAUGUCGCCUUGUUCAUAGCAUCUUUUUAAUAAAUAGUGAGCAUAGCUUUU